AUGACAGAUAACCUUUUAUAUGGCAAUUACGAUACGCAUUUUAACAAGGAAAAAGACGAAAUCACACCUGAUGGAAUUUUAACGGUGAGCGCAAAAAGUAGAGAGCAGGCUAAAUAUCCUGAAUUCUUACCUACCUGGGAUCCAAAUGAGAAAUAUGCACCUCUUACAUUCUUCAAGCAUGAGGAUCCAGGUCAUAGGGCUGAUCCAUCGUUCCCUAACCUAUUUCCAAAAAGUACGGAACAUGAAAUCAAAAGAAUCACUCCAAAAUUAGGAAGUGAAAUAACUGGUAUCCAGUUGUCUUCUUUAGACUCGAAAGGUAAAGACGAGUUGGCCCUUUUCGUUGCUCAAAGGGGUGUUGUGGUAUUCAGAGAUCAAGACUUCGCUACUAAGGGUCCUAAGUUUGCAGUUGAUUAUGGCAGGCACUUUGGUCGUCUUCAUAUUCACCCCACGUCAGGCUCUCCUCGAAACUACCCUGAACUUCACAUUACAUACAGACGUCCUGAUCCAAAUGAGUUCAAUAGUGUGUUUUCUCUGAGAACCAAUGCAGUCUCAUAUCAUUCUGAUAUUUCAUAUGAACAACAACCUCCUGGAACGACAUUUUUUUCUGUCUUAGAUGGUCCUGAUUCCGGUGGUGAUACAAUUUUUGCUGAUACAGAGGAGGCCUAUAACCGAUUGUCGCCUGAAUUCCAGAAAAGAAUCAGCGGUUUACAUGUUUUGCAUUCUUCCGAGGAACAGGCCAGUAAUUCCAGGGGUCAAGGGGGCGUCGAAAGAAGAAAGCCCGUAUCAAAUAUUCAUCCGCUUGUGAGAGUGCACCCAGUGACGGGAAGAAAAAGUCUUUAUUUAAACAGAAGCUUUGGUCGGAGAAUAGUUGAACUCAAGGAAGAAGAAUCGUCAUAUUUACUUGAUUUCUUAGCUAGGCAUGUUGAAUUAUCUCAUGAUUUGCAAUUAAGGGCUAAAUGGGAACCGAACACAGUUGUAAUCUGGGACAAUAGGAGAGUCUUACAUUCUGCGAUUCUCGAUUGGGAUACCCCAGUAUCCAGGCAUGCUUUUCGCAUUACUCCUCAGGCUGAAAAGCCAAUUGAAGAUUUGAAAGAUCUUAACAUCGAAUAG